AGGUCCCGUGUACGUGUUCACCCCACCCGGAAUCUUUAUAAAUUCCGUUCCCACGCGCAACAAACACCAACGGCACACGGCGCCGCCCACCGUCCGUCCACCACGAGCGCGCAACGCAGCGCAGCGAGCGAUCGCGUCGAUCUAGCCGGCGCGCGCCAUGGAUUUCCACCACCACUGCGUCCGCGCGGCGGGGCCGCCGGCGCCGGCGGCGCGGCCGUGGAGCAAGGCGGAGGACAAGGUGUUCGAGGGCGCGCUGGUGGUGUGGCCCGAGCACGCGCCCGACCGGUGGGCGCUCGUCGCGGCGCAGCUCCCCGGCCGCACGCCGCGGGAGGCCUGGGAGCACUACGAGGCCCUCGUCGCCGACGUCGACCUCAUCGAGCGCGGCGCGGUCGACGUGCCCAUCUCCUGGGACGACGGCGGCGGCGGCGAGGAGCGCGCCCCCGCCCGCCGCGCCGGUCCCACCCGGCCACGCCGCGAGAACCGGCGUCAAGGGAUACCCUGGAGCGAGGAAGAACACAGGCUGUUUCUUCGGGGGCUGCAGAAGUACGGGCGCGGGGACUGGCGCAACAUCUCGCGGUUCGCGGUGCGGACGCGGACGCCGACGCAGGUGGCCAGCCACGCGCAGAAGUACUACAACCGGCAGCUCAACCCCGCCAGCCGCGACUCCAAGCGCAAGAGCAUCCACGACAUCACCACCCCGUAGACCCGAUCGCCGCUGCCGACGCCGACGGCGACGCGCUCCGCUAGUCCAUGACCAUGUACAUAUACUUAAUGUUAAUGCUAGUUAUCUUAAAUUAGGCUAAGGUGCUUUCAAAAAUUAGGCUGAGGCGGCCAAUGGAUCUCUGCAUUGCUGUGGAUGCGUCCAGUACUCGCAAGAAACAGAGGCAAAGAUUUCCAGUCGGCUGUUAGCACAUGGUUUAGGCUUACUCGUAGUACUACUACACUAGAACUAGGGUUUAAACAUCUGUCAAGUCUGACGUGGAGACGUCGUGUCUGGUUUAGUUGGAUCAGACCAACGCAGGUGUCGCUGUUUAAUGGUGACUUCAUAUGGUGGUGUCGAAGUUGGACUGGAUAACUUGUACAGUUGUUGUC